AUGGAUCACGUAAUCAACUCUAAGAGCCAGGUAUUCUUUGUUGACGGUCCAAGUGGCACGGGAAAGACAUAUUUGUACAAGGCAUUGCUUGCAAAGGUUCAUUCAAUGGGUCUGAUAGCCAUUGCAACUGCAACGUCUGGUAUUGCAGCGUCCAUCAUGCCCGGUGGUCGCACCGCCCACUCCAGGUUCAAGAUCCCCAUAAAGCUUUCCGACAACAACAUGUGUAAUUUCACCAAACAGAGCGGUACCGCUGAGUUGCUUCGCAGGUCACACUUGAUAAUCUGGGACGAAGUUGCCAUGACCAAACGUCAAGUUGUUGAAACACUUGAUAGGUCUCUCCAGGAUAUAAUGGGAUGCUUGCAGCUCUUUGGUGGAAAGGUCAUGGUAUUUGGAGGAGACUUUAGGCAGGUCCUUCUAGUGGUGAUACGUGGUACGAGGGCACAGAUCACUGAUGCUACACUACAAAGGUCUUAUAUAUGGGAGAAGAUACGUAAGAUACAGCUAACCCGGAAUAUGAGGGCGCAGUCUAACCCAUGGUUCUCCGAAUACCUCCUUAGGAUCGGCAACGGAACAGAAGAGACGAUUGGUGAUGAUUAUGUGCGUCUCCCAAAUGAUAUCGUGGUUGGUUACAGUAUUGCAGAAGAAUCAAUUGACAAACUCAUUGAAUUUGUAUUCCCGGAUCUCCAGAACAAUUCUAUGUCAGCAGACUACAUGAGUGCACGUGCUAUCCUCUCAACUAAGAAUGAGCAUGUGGAUGAGCUGAAUGCAAUUAUGAUAGAUAGGUUUCCAGGCAAGGAGACGGUAUACUACAGCUUUGAUUCUAUCGACGAUGAUUCACGAAACAACUAUCCGAUUGACUUUCUGAACUCAAUCACACCAAAUGGAUUGCCAUCACAUUUGCUUAAACUCAAAAGCAAUUGUCCAGUCAUCCUGCUUCGGAAUCUUGAUCCUCACAACGGUCUCUGCAAUGGAACAAGGCUAAUGGUUAGAGCCUGCCAACGUAAUGCCAUUGAUGCAGAGAUUGUUGGCGGGCAACAUGCUGGAAAGAGGGUGUUCAUUCCUAGGAUCCCUUUGUCCCCCUCAGAGAACAUUUCACUCCCUUUCAGAUUCAAGAGGAAACAAUUUCCAAUCCGCCUUAGCUUUGCAAUGACUAUAAACAAAGCUCAAGGGCAAACCAUUCCUAAUAUUGGUAUUUAUCUACCCGAGCCUGUGUUUUCUCAUGGACAGCUGUAUGUUGCAUUAUCGAGGGGUGUAUCACGUCAGUCAGCACAGAUUCUAGCUAAGCCAAAUAAAGAUAUAGAUGCCAUGGGGAAAAGCACCAAGAAUAUUGUGUACAGAGAUAAACUGGCCAACACAGAUGAACCACCCCCGCUAUCGCACGAUUCGCACCCCAUCCUACCCACCCUCGAACGUGAAAAAGCUGUCGCCGGCCCCGAUCUCCAUCUGCGUCGCCUGCUUGCCUCGUCGCGCACCUUGGCCCCGGCUUCCGCCGCCUCCAGCCUCGGCAUCCUUGGCCCACAGUGCGCCUGCCUCCGGCUACAUCGGCCGCCUCCAGCCCUCGGCAUCGACCGCCUCCAUCCCCCGGUGUCCUCGGCCCGCAGCUCGCCCGCCUCCGGCCCCGACGUCCUCGGCCCACAGCUCGCCCGCCUCCGGCCCCGGCGUCCGAUGCCCGUAGCGCGCCUGCCUCCGGCUACAUCGGCCGCCUCCAGCCCCCGGUACCCUCGGCAUCGACCACCUCCAGCCCCCGACGUCCUCGGCCCGCAGCUCCGCCGCUCCUUCAGCGCCUCCAAGUGGUAA